CCGCUCGGGAACUCGCGAUCGAUGACUCGGCAUGCAGCGGCGCCCCUUGGGAGCGCGAGGAGCGCACUGCGCAGGCGCUGAGCUGCCGCGGGGCGCGGGUAUCGCCGCUCUGCGGCCGCUGACUGUGUGCGCCUCUUUACAGUUGUGCAUGGAGAGCGUUAGGGUUGGAAGGGAUGCUGCAGACCGUACUGCUCACCACUCCGCAAAGCCCUGGUGUGCCUGGUUCUUACCCCAUUUUCUUGUGGCGCCCAGCUCCAGCACCAUCCGCUCUGAGAAACCAAGCCCGGGCUCUGGUAGUUUCCCCCUGUUAGAGCAAAAUUUGUGUCGGAGAGUAUAUUAGUAAUCUCUCGCUGCAAAACAGCCACCUCAAAGCUGAACAGAUUAAGACAACAAACAUUUAUCGUCCCACAAGUUCCAUAGGUCGGGAAAUUGGGCACGGCUUGGUCUCGUGAGAUUUAACUCAGUUGGUCAAGGCUGCAGUUACCUGAAAUCUUGACUCGAGCCAGACGAUCUAACUCACAUGACUGCUGGCAGGAAGCCUCAGUUUUUCACUGCAUGGACUUCCCCAUGGGGCCACUUGAGUGUCCCAAUGACAUGGAAUCUCGCUUCCCUCAGAGCAAGUAAUCCCAGAGAUACCAAGGCAGAAGCACAAUGCCUUUAAUGAUCUAGCUUCAGAAGUCACAUACCAUCACUUCAGUUGUGGUCUACUGAUCACAAAACUCUUCAUUGUGGUAGAAUCAACCCAAAGGCAUGAGUACCAAUAGACAGGGACCAUUGGGGGCCGGGAGGAGACUGGCUACCACAGAGGGUCUGGCAAUAAUGAUAACGAUAACUUAGAUGAGAAAGUAUCAUCAAGUUUCAUCCUUGCAUAAUAGCUAUUUUCCAAAUCAUUAUAAAAGAGUUGAUUAACGUUCCUCCCAAUAGGUGGCAGUACUUGUCCACAGUCUGACCUUCGUUAAAUAAACAUUAUUCAUUAAAUAAACAUCAGCUUUGCGCCAGAUAUUAUCCUAAGUGCUGAAAAGCCAUGUUCCUACCUGUGCAGUGUGUGCAGAGUAUAAGCACUGGGAUGGAGGAAGUAAUCCAACCACAGGAGUGUAGGAGGGUACUGGAAGAGGACCAGAGCAUCUCCAAAACACAGCCAAGAUUUAAGCAGCUGAGUUCAAGGCUCAAGUGGAGAACACAUCGACUUCAAAGGCAGAGGGAAUCGAAGGUGCUCCCCAGCUUUGGACACUUCCUCUACUUGAGUCUAUCGAAGCUCUCCUUCAUGAGUGAUGCAUACAAAGAUGGUCCAAGUCCUCUGGGGUUGUCUCCUCCUGUGCAAUCUCUACAUCUCAUCCACAGAGACCAUUUACCCUGGAAUCAAGGCAAGGGCUACUAAGCGAGCUCUGGACUAUGGUGUUCAAGCUGGUAUGGAAAUAAUUGAGCAAAUGGUCAAGGAAAGAAAUAUCUCAGAUUUAAAAGGUUCUGAAUCUCUUGAAUUUCUGAAGAUUGAUUAUGUGAACUACAAUUUUACAAAUAUAAAAAUCACUGCCUUUUCAUUUCCAAAUACUUCACUAGCCUUUGUGCCUGGGGUGGGAAUCAGGGCACUGACCAACCACGGCAUUGCCAACAUCAGCACAGACUGGGAUAUCAAGUCUCCACUUUUCCAAGACAUAGGAGGAGCUGACCUGUUUCUCUCUGAGGUCUACUUCACCGGUAUCCUUAUCCUGUCCCGGAAUAACUUUGGUCACCCAGUCCUGAAGCUCCAAGACUGCUAUGCCCAAGUGAGCCACGCCGACGUCUCAUUUUCCGGAGAGUUCAGUGUCCUAUAUAACUCCUUUGCUGAGCCCAUGGAGAAACCCAUUUUAAAGAACUUAAAUGAAAUGCUCUGUCCCAUCAUCAUACAUGAGGUGGAGGCACUGAAUGCCAACCUCAGCAUGCUGCAGUUUUUUACCAAGAUUGACAACUAUACUCUGCUGGAUUAUUCCCUAAUCAGUUCUCCAGAAAUUACUGAGAAUUACAUUGAACUGAACUUGAAGGGCGUAUUCUACCCACAGGAAAACCUCGCAGAUCCCCCCUUCCCAUCAGUUCCUUUUGUGCUCCCAGAGCGCAGUGACUCUAUGCUCUACAUUGGAAUCUCCAAGUAUUUCUUUAAAUCUGCAUCCUAUGCUUAUUUUACAGCGGGGGCUUUCGGUGUCACUCUCACCACGAAAGAGAUUUCCAACCAUUUGAUUCAAAACUCUCAAGGUCUUGGCAACGUGCUUUCCCGGAUUGCAGAGCUCUACAUCUUGUCCCAGCCCUUCAUGGUACAGGUCAUGGCAACAGAGCCUCCUGUGAUCAAUUUACUACCAGGUAACUUCACCCUAGACAUCCCUGCCUCCAUCAUGAUACUCACCCAGUCCAAGAACUCGACUGCUGAAACCAUCGUUUCCAUGGACUUUGUUGCUAGUACCAGUGUUGGCCUGGUUAUUUUGGGACAAAGACUGAUCUGCUCUUUAUCUCUGAACAGAUUCCGCCUCUCUUUGCCAGAGUCCAAUCGCAGCAAUAUUGAGGUCUUGAGGUUUGAGAAUAUUCUGUCCUCCAUUCUCCACUUUGGUGUCCUCCCACUGGCCAACGCAAAAUUGCAGCAAGGACUUCCUCUACCCAACCCACACAAAAUCUCACUCGUCAAUUCAGAUAUUGAAGUUCUUGAGGAUUUCCUUUUGAUUUCUACCGACCUGAAGUAUGAAACGUCCUUAAAGCAGCAGCCAAGUUUCCAUGGUUGGGAAGGUCUGAACCUGAUGAGUGGACGGUGGAGGGGGAAGCCAGCCCCUUGAUUGUUUGUUUGGAGUCCACUCCAGGAAGUAAAAAGCCCUUAAUCCCACAGCUCCUGUCAACCCAGAGCGGGAAAACAGUACACACUGGAAUUGUAAAGCCCCUGCAAACUGCUGAAAGUUUUCUGUUUUCAAGCCCUCAGGGACAAAGAGGAUGACAAACUGGGUGAAAGAGCUAAACUGGGAUGUGUGUGUGUGUGUGUGUGUCCCCAUCUGUGUGGAGGGUGAACACAUAUUUGAAUGUGUGUUCAUGUUUGAGGGCAUGUUGUGUAUUCCUGUGUCCAUAAGAUUCUGGGGCCAAGAGUGAGGCAUAUACUUCCAAGGAGGUACAUGAGAAACUCUGAAGUACAGGUUUGUUAUCGGUUGUUAUCAGUGGAGAUUCCUUCAGCCCUUUCAGCUCUCUAGGGUUCCCCUCUCCCUGCAUACUUGAUUUUAUCUUUUAUAUUUACUGUUACUAUCCCAUGUAUUUAAAAUUGUUUUCUAUCAAUG